AGCUGGAUACCAAAGUGACCGCUUUCUUUGUCUGUGCGCCCUGCAGCGGCUCCCUCUCCUCCACAAAUUCUUCCACCCUUGCAGGGUCCUAGCUCCAGCUAGCUUCACCUGUGGCUCCGAGCAGCAGCAGGUGUGUCCUAUAUCACUAAUCAGCGACGGUACGUCGGUUUUAGUCAGCAGGCCGUAAUGUGGAGCUGAGAGUAAAAAAAUUUCUCCUGUUGUUUGUUUAUCGACAGAUUUGACUGUAAAACUCGCCUUUAAUUUUUCGGAGCCGGGGGACGUUUGUUUGGUUGUUUCCAUUGGUGUUUUAUUUCUGACAGGUUGAGCAAGCACGUGAAAGAAGAUGGACGAUGGAAACAAACAGCCGAACACAUUUGGGAGCGGACAGCAGAGAACUCAGCACCCCAGACCUUUCUUCAUUGUCCAGCCUCCUUCUCAACCUUUCUACCUCAACACACACUGGCAUAUGAACAACCCAUACGGUCACUUUGGUGUGCCUGGAGGUUUCAACUUUGGCCGUCCCUGCAUGCACCCACACCAGUACAUGCCCUUUCCUGGGUUUGUUUUCCCACAUGCCCCGAUAUAUCCGAUAGAUUACAGGCGAGUGUUUGAGCCUCGCUUCCACGCCCCUGCCUGGAAUGACAUUCUUCGCCAUCAGCAGCACUACUCACAGCCUUACGGGCGUCGAGAAACGACCUGCUCAGAGGCUCAAACCGACCCAAACGAUGCCAUAAUCAAACUAAGAGAGUGCCUGGAAAAAAUGCAAGCCACUGAGCUGCAAGGUGCUGAGAGAGAGCUCGACUCUGGUGUUGCCUCACAGACCUCGGGGAUGUUUUCUCAAGCAGAAGAGAAGAAAAGUGAAGAGCAGGGUGAUAUCCUGCCUUCAGUGCCUGAUGCGGAGUCUCCAGCUGGGAUCUUUGGUGUCUCCACUACAGCGGUGUACGACGGUGAGUCCAGCCAGAGAAGCUUAGAUGUCCUGAGCCCUCCGGGAUGCUGGUCAGCAGAAUUGGAAGAGGAGUUGCCUCUGGAUAGCUCCUCUGUUCAUGAAGAGUGUCCUAAGCUGGAGCAGCCGGCAAAAGACUUUCUCCCUAUUGAAGAAGCAGAAGUUGCGGAUAUCCAGUCAAAUAUCUCAGUGACUGAUGCAAGUGUUCCCAAAUGUGACACUGAAGAGCUCCUUAGGCAGAGACUGAAUCCAGUCCUGCCCUGCUUUUCCUCUUCCACCAGUCCUCUGGUGCUCAAAGAUGCUGAAAGUGGCGACAAAGUCUCGAAGACGGAACAUCAGAAAGCUGGAACGUCCCAAACUAAGAAGAAAAUAAGGAAGUACAGGCAGAGGGCUGAUUCUCUGCAGAUGAAUACACCACCACCGACUUCUAGUAUGUCAGCCCUGACCUCAACCACAUCCAGCACCUUUGAGAUGAAGUGGAACACCAACUUCCCGGCCUUAUCACCCAACAUCAGUGCUGGACCGUACCAUUGGAGCAAAUCCCUGCAGCCAGGGUCCAACAUCUGGAGGAAAGCCAGAAAGCAGAAGAGUGAAGGCUGUUAUAGCAGCUGA